UUAAGCCAAGAUGAAUAUUUUGUUGCUUAGUGUGUUAAUUUUAGCAUUGUUUUACCCGGUAAAAGUAUUUUCACAAACUGGAACCGAUGUUAAUAAUUUGUUGACGCAUUUAUUUACAACUCGGGGUUACAACAAGAAAAUUCGGCCACUUACUGACCAGAACACAGCGGUACAAAUUGGCUUGGACUUCUUCUUGAAUGCAAUAAUUGACUUUGACGAACAAGACGAAAGUUUAAAAACGUCUGGUUAUCUAAGUUUUAUCUGGCUAGAUGAAUACUUGACGUGGAACCCAGCUGACUACAACUCAACUACCGAAAUAUUUCUGCCCCAGGACGAUAUAUGGAAACCAGAUGUAGCGAUAAGAAAUGCCUUCAAAUCCUUUACUGGACUCGGAUCCUCAUUUCUAAAUGUCAGGGUUACUUCGGAUGGAUUAGUUUGGUGGAAUCCAUUUCAGGUGCUUGAAUCAACUUGCGCCGUUGAUAUCACGUACUUUCCGUUUGAUAGACAAACUUAUGAAGUUGAAAUCAACAUGGAAGUAAAAGGGGUUGAACUUGAGGACUAUGUCGAGAACUCGGCAUGGGAACUUACCGGAACUUCUGCAAGAGAGACAAAUACCGGAGAAGCGGCGGUUUUCUUCACUUUGAAAUUGAAACGUAAAUCCGGAUUUUAUAUUUUGAACGUUAUCAUGCCGGUUGUUUUACUAUCUAUUUUGAGCGUAUUUACAUUCGUUUUGCCAAUCACAUCUGGUGAGAGAGCAAGCUACGCCGUGACGGUGUUCCUGUCGCUGGCUGUGUUCUUAACAAUUAUCGCGGCCGAGUUGCCAAAGAAUUCCGAAAACACAUCAGUCCUCGCGGUUUACCUCAUGCUCAUCAGCAGCUGGAGUACACUGAUUGUAGUGUUAUGCUUGAUCGAAUCUAGAAUUGCUAUCCGUGAUGAAAAGAAUGUGCCAAUCAAUGUUUUCUUUAUGGCCUUUGUAAAAGCGACUGAUUUCUUCACUUGUAAAAGGUGCAAGAAGUCUGUCCGCCCAAAAGAAUUUACAUCAAAGUCAGAGCUAAAAGAGGUGUUAGAGGAAAAUGGCAAUGUCAUAACCUGGACUCGAGUCGUGAAUUCUAUGGAUUUUGUUUUCUUUUGGUUUUCUCUACUAUUCACGUUUCUGUGUACAGUUAUCCUAGGAUCUAUUGCAGUGAAUGGACCGAGUUAAUAACAUAACAUGGUACCACAUUUACCUAUGCCUUAUUUUGCUAAUCCCUUGAUAUUAGUUGCCAUAUCUUUUGCAUAUCCUUUACCUGUUUCGGAUGUUUGGUCACUCUUACUUUACUCAUUGUGUGCGUGACAUCUAUGUGAGUCCAUUGUUUGAUUGAUAAUUUACCUUAUUGUAUUUAAAGCAUCACAACAGAAGAUUUUCUUUUAUUUGACACAAUUGUAAUUUAAUGAAAAUUUGGACUUUGUAAGUAAGAAUAUUGACAAAAAAACUUAUAAAGUAACCGAGGCACACAUUAGGCGCUUUUGGUACCACAUAAAUUACGCACUGGAUGUUUAUACAUAGCAUCAAGUCUGUUAAAAACAGUAAAGGGACAUGGUGAUGAAUAUAUCUAUGUACAAUUGGUAAUAUCUUUAUAACAUAAUUAUACCGUGUAGAUAAAUGCAUGUUUUAGUUAAUUUUUUACUGUAAACACCGGUUUAUUAAUGUAUUUACAUUUCUUGAGGCGUGCAGAUCUAAAUUGAUUAAGUUUGGUUUAACAUUGACAAGUUCAAAUGACAGAUUAUUUUGUACGAUAGCACUUAUUUUUCAACCUUUUUAUAAAUUUUAAUUUUCUUUCAGCAUACUUUAAGAUAACGCAGCAGGUUACCGACGUGAAAUCGAAUAUAAACAUUAUUAAGAUAGAUGUUUAAAUAAGCCUACUGCCAAAAAAAAAGGAGAGAAACUACAUUUCAUUGGGUUAUUGUGUAUCCCAAUAUUGUUAAUAACGCCGUAAUAGAUGAUCUUAAGAAAAGAAUUCAAAAGAUUUGAUCUAUUGAGAUUGCUUUAAAGCGAGAAACGCAAAUUGUAUGAAUACGCCUGGUACAUAAUUACCUUUAAGUUCUUUUGUUGUAAAAAUCCAUUUUUUAUGUUAUUGAAAAUAUAAGUGAUACGUCAAGACUUUAAGAGUGUCAUAUAGGUUUCUUUAAAAAAAAAUUGACAUUUUACUUACUUGUAUACUUCAAUUGUUAAAGUGACCUUCAGAUUUUCUAAAGGUUAAACAUGUUUGUUUUUUUU